AAACCGUGGUGCCUGGGCUUUCGAUUUUCAGAACAGGACGGUUUUCUCCCCUCGAUCCGGCGCCGCGCCGGCGAUCCCUCUCUCUCCCUCCCUCCUCUAUGGAGACGGCGCCGGCGAUCCCUCGGUGGAAUGUUGAUCGCCCAUUCCUCACCGGCCGAUUCCAUUCGGAAAUCAAGGUGCCUUCUCAGCCGUCUGGAGCUAAACCCUACCCCGUGGAGACCUUCUGUCGUGGUUCGGAAAAUGUGAUUGGAUCUUAUCCGGUUUCAGUUCAGGAGUUGUUGGUCAUUGAUGAUUUGCUGUAUGCUCUGAUGGGUGUUGAGGGGCGGUACAUAUCGAUAAAGAGAGUGCGGGGGAAGGAAGGCCGUGUGGUUUUUCAGAUUGAUCCAUCAAUGGAUUUGGCGCUGCAGGAAUUGACACAGCGGAUAUUUCCUCUCUGCGAGAACUAUCUCCUGAUCAGCCAGUUUGUGGAGGCAAAAUCACAGUUCAAGAGUGGCCUUGUUAACCAUGCAUUUGCUGCUGCGCUGAGGGCCCUUCUUUUGGAUUACCAGGCCAUGGUGGCGCAGCUGGAGCAUCAGUUCCGCAUAGGAAGACUUUCUGUUCAAGGAUUGUGGUUUUAUUGUCAGCCAAUGAUGGGCUCACUGCAUGCUUUGGGCAUUGUGGUUGAGAAAGUUUCCUCAGAUAAUUUGUUUGGUUCCGCCACUCUCAACCUCUUGCAGAGUCAGGCUAAGGCUAUGGCAGGUGAUAAUGCAGUUCGAUCAUUGCUAGAGAAGAUGACACAAUGUGCCAGCUCUGCAUAUCUGUGCAUAUUGGAGAGGUGGGUUUAUGAAGGGGUUAUUGAUGAUCCUUAUGGUGAGUUUUUCAUUGCAGAAAACAAGGCACUGCAGAAGGAAAGCCUUACACAGGAUUAUGACGCCAAGUAUUGGCAACAGCGUUAUAGCCUCAAAGAUGGCAUCCCUAGCUUCCUUACAAGUGUUUCUGGGACAAUUUUAACAACUGGAAAGUACUUGAAUGUAAUGAGAGAAUGUGGGCACAAUGUUCAGGUCCCAGUAUCAGAAAAUUCAAAACUGAUGACCUUUGGAUCAAAUCAUCAGUAUUUUGAAUGUAUCAAAACUGCUUAUGAUUUUGCAAGUUGUGAACUUUUGAAUCUUAUGAAAGACAAGUAUGAUCUGAUUGGGAAACUUCGAGCAAUGAAGCGAUAUUUACUUCUUGACCAGGGUGAUUUUUUGGUCCAUUUCAUGGAUAUUGCUCGAGAUGAACUUGCUAAAAGACCUGAUGAAAUUUCUGUUGAGAAGUUGCAGUCGCUUCUUGACCUUGCUUUGCGCACCACUGCUGCAGCAGCAGAUCCAUGCCAUGAGGAAUUAGCAUGCUGUGUGGAAAGAACAUCAUUGCUCAAGAGGUUGUCCAUUCUUAAAGAUCUGGAUUCCCCUUACCCUUCGAAUUUGGGUAAAACUGUUGGUGAUGGUGAUGACCUGACCGAGCCUGUGAGCAUUACUGGCUUGGAGACGUUCUCCCUCAGUUAUAAGGUUCAGUGGCCAUUAUCACUUGUUAUUUCAAGAAAAGCUUUAACAAAAUACCAGUUGAUUUUCCGGUUCCUUUUUCACUGUAAGCAUGUCAACCGGCAGCUAUGUAUGGCAUGGCAAGUACAUCAAGGAUUCCGUUGCCUUAACACACUUGGAACAGCCAUAUCACGAUCUUCGUUACUUUGCCGCAGCAUGCUGAAGUUCAUAAUCAGUCUUUUGCAUUAUUUGACUUUUGAGGUUCUUGAACCAAACUGGCAUUUAAUGCAUGAUCGUCUUCGAAAUGUGAAGAGCAUAGAUGAGGUUAUCCAAUUUCACGAUUUCUUCCUCCAAAAAUGUUUGAAAGAAUGCCUGCUCCUUUGGCCUCAGCUUCUCAAGAAGCUGGAGAAACUCAAAGCGAUAUGCCUUAGGUAUGCAUCCUCCAUUCAGCUAUUGAUACCAUCAGUCUAUAACUCUGAGCCGGACGAUGCAGCUGUAGCUUCAUCGAGAAUGUCAAAGUCCAGAUUGAGAAGAUCAAGGAUCAAUAGUCCGACAUUAAAAUCAGCGGCAGAGAACAGUACUAUAUCAGAUUCCAUCAUGAAUUUCGAGAAGGAAUUCAAUGCGGAGCUUCACAGUCUGGUACCUCUUUUGAGCAACAAUUCACAAACAGAGCCAUACUUAACACGGCUCGCACAAUGCAUCCUCGGAGUGGGGACGGAUCAAUGAGUUCUUGUGUUUUUGCCUUAGUUUAUAAAUCACAUCAAUGUCAAACAGAGUGCUUCCAUUUUUAAUCUUUGGUUUACUUUAAUGUCAAUUUGAAUAUCUCCCGGAUGCCUUGUUUCUAUUUGUUUGACUUUUUUUUGGCCA